GCGGCGGCUGGCUGCAGGCUGAGCGGACGGCCGGAGCGACUCCUGCGGGGUUUGGCUGCUCAUGAGCCCGGCGACCAUUUCAGGGAGUCCAGCCUGAGUUCAGCUGCACACCUCCGACAUUUUGGCUGUUUGCUUGUUUUUCCAAAUUUCACCCAACCGGACCCUGCAGCUCUCCGGUCCCUCUCGGCGUGUCGGCAUCAGUCCGGAGCUGGAAUAAUGGCAGAGCAUCUUUCCCAGAGUGAGCUGGACUACCCGUUUAAACUUCUGGAGUAUUUUAAUGGCUUCAGGGUGUCCAAGGUGAUCUUCUCAGCCUGUGAGCUGGGGGUCUUUGACCUCCUGCUAAAAGCCCAGAGGCCCCUGAGUGCAGAGCAUGUGGCCCGGGAGCUGAGCACCAGCGUGGACGGCAUGGAGAGGCUGCUGGACGUCCUGGUGGGCAUCGAGAUCCUGGAGGUGGAGACGGUGGACGGGACAGUCCUGUACAGCAGCUCUGACGUGGCGAACCUUUACCUGGCCAAAGGCAGCGCCAAGUCUCUGCACGACAUGAUCAUCUACCAGUCCCAGACCAUCUACCCGCUGUGGAGCAACAUGGUGGAGGCUGUGAGGGAGGGAAAGAACCAGAACGAAAAGACCUUUGGCCUCCCGGCUGAGGAUAUUUUCCAGGCCAUUUACAGGUCGGAGGAGGAGAUGCUGAAGUUCAUGGGUCUGAUGAAUUCCUCGUGGGUUCUGGACGGACACGACAUCGUGACGGCGUUCAACCUCUCCUGCUUUAAGAACAUCGUGGAUCUUGGAGGAUGCUCUGGGGCUCUGGCGCGCGAGGUGGCGAAGGCGUACCCCUCCUCCUCGGUGACGGUGUUUGACCUCCCGCAGGUGGUGGAGACGGCCCAGAAGCAUUUCUCUGAGGAGGACGACACCAUUGUGUUUCAAGCUGGAGAUUUCUUCAGCGGCGAGAUCCCCCCCGCCGACCUCUACAUCCUGGCGAGGAUCAUUCACGACUGGAACGAGGAGAAGUGCCUGAAUCUGCUGAGGAAGAUCUAUGACAGCUGCCAGCCAGGUGGCGGCGUCCUGCUGGUGGAGGCGAUGCUGUUUGAGAACAGGCGAGGGCCCGUCAUGGCUCAGAUCUUCUCUCUGAACAUGCUGGUGCAGACGGAGGGCCGCGAGCACCCGCCCUCGCGCUACUGCAGCAUGCUGAGCCGCAGCGGCUUCCACGGCGCGCAGGUCUGCCGCACGGGCAAGAGCUACGACGCCAUCCUGGCCUUCAGAUGAGCCCCGGCCGCGCAGGACGCCCGGUCAGAGAGGCUCCUCUGAACCAAAACAUCCCAAAAGUCUGGAGAAGUAAGGAGAGGUGAAUUUGGUCGUUUUGUUGAAACGUUUUUGGGGAAUCGGAUGAAAGCCUGGAGAAGUGUUGUGACAAAAACUGGUGUUCACAUACAUGUAAUGCAGCUGUACAGCCCACUGUUGUUUUAUACACUGUGAUGAAGGUUUGACCCAUGUAGGAUAUUUUUGACAUUCAGACAUUUCUCUCUGAUGAUGCUGAUAUUUUAGACCAAUAUUUAAUAUCUUUGAAUAUGGCCAAUUUUUAAUAUUUCAUUGUUUCCCUUGCAAUCUUAAUCUUUUCAGAGUGGAAACUCUCUGAAACAGCCUCAGGAUAGUUACACUGUUAUGCCUACUACUACUAAUAGUAAUUACACUCAUUAUCAUAGACCUCAGUGUUUCGAGCUGAAAUCGUUUUCAUUAGGAUUCUUCUUCUUGUUUUUGUGCCAUAAAAUAACAUCAGAGGUGUUUUGAGUCCAAGAGCAAAAAGCUUUCAAAUCUCCCCAAAUACUCAGGUAACAAAGAGUCCACCAGUCAGCCCAGUGGUGGCGCUAUAAUUCAUAACAAGCAGCUUUGGUCAUGCUUUAUAGUGCCACCAUCAGGCCAGCCUUUGUAAUAGCGACUAUUUUUGUUUAAAUCACUCCUGCAGAGUUGCCUUUAUUGUCACCAAAUUUCACACACAGCAUAUUUCAACCUCCCACAUCAUUAUCACAUCACAGAAGAUUAACAGCUGAACUGUUUGGUCAUAAAAUUUGAAAGAAGUUGAAGAUCUCCUGAAUGCUCAAUACAAAAUCAUUAAUAUUUAACACACCUGUUUGCAGGGGGCCCAAAGUCUGUCGCCCCACAUUUGGUUUGUCCCUGCAGAUCAGCAUGAAGGAUCAGGACAAAUGAUCAGUUUUUCAAUAUGGCUCCACUUCACUGUCAGCACCGAAACGAGAUGUUAGAGCGUUUACAAAAAGCUUGAACAUCGCCUUAGUGUCGCUGUUGAAUCAUUUGACACAAAAACUUGAGACCCGCGGAUGGCCAGCUGAGGCCGUGUUAGCCUAAGAUAAUUACUAUAAUUAACAUAUUUGUACAUUUUUGUGUGGAAUCUGAUCAGCAUGUUGUAUUUGAAUUAGUUCAGCUCAGGUGCGUCCCAUAGACCCCCAUUCUGGAAGAGUUUUGUCUGAGGAAUCCGUGCUGGGAAUUUGUUUUUAUUGUAAUAUUCACAGAAAACAGAAGUUGGUCCAGCUUAUCUAUGAUCAGAUGAGGGUCACUAUAAAUUACAACACAAAUCCAAAUGCAUAUCCUUGUUAAAUGCCUCCUUGUUGUUAGCUUCCACAAAAUAUCAUAAAAGUUAAUGUGUUCCUCCUUUGACUUGGGACCCCCUUUAACCCUAUGAAAGACCUCUGGUGGUCCACGAUCCCCCAGUUUGAAAACCGCUGCCAUAGACAACCAGUGUAGUUUUGAUCACUUACAAUCACAUUGACUCAUAUCUGAUAUUUAAUACAACUGAUGCACCAGUCUGGGGAAAAAAAAAAAAACAAAAACCUGGAGUUUUUUUGGGUUUAAAUCCCUGCCUGUAUGUUGUGAAGUGUGUGUGUGUGGUGCUUUAGGUGUGUGUGACGUGCAUGUCUGUGUUCCCGCAGCAACACACAGCUCCACCUUUUUAUGACAAAUCUCCAUGUUCCUCUGUUUCUGCUCUGCUGCUUCAUUUUCCUGUUGUUUUGUUUCCUCGGCCUGUCGGCAGCACAACCUUCACCUCCUCGUAAGAUGCAAAAACCAACCUGAAAAACACUUUAAACUGUGAAAAAGCAGCAGUUUCUGAUGUGUGAUGUGUCUCUGAGCUUGUGUUUUUUAUCGUUUGCUGGUGUGUUUUCCUGAUUCUCGCGGUUAACUGGCCAAACUGGGACGCCGCCCUGUCUUGUUGAGAUAUUUCCAGUGCAGCUACGAUGGAGUCUGACAGCAGAAAAUGCCUCAGUGAAACUUUAAAGCUUUAAUGGGAAACAUCAGGAGUGGAAGAGGUGCUAACGGAGGACUCAAAAGACCAGAAUGCAAUGCGGCUGCAAGUGUUUUUUUUUUUUGUUUGGAGCACUGGGUUGACUGGAAAAUCCUCUCCUCUUUCUUUCCCUUUGCUGUUCAUAGUUUAUAUGACUUCUGCUGUUUCUCUCCACCUACAUGUACAACCCACAGCCGAGUGCACCUGGAGGUCACUGAAAGGCAUUCUGGGAAAUGUAGGAAAGCAUAAAUGAUGCACAACUACAUAAAGGAGGUUGAGGGACAAAAACAUGUCAUCACAAAGUAACUGGAACACACCAAACACCACAGACGGGCGUGAGAAUAUCUGAGUGUGUGUGUGUGUGUGUGUGUUUUAAUGUUUAGGAAUAGGACAUUGUUUUUCCUGACUGCAUGUGUGUGUGUGUGUGUAUGUGUUGCUGAUGAUCAGGUAUGAAUAAAAGACAUAAAGAUGCACAAAGAAUACCAAAAACCAUCAUUUCUGACUCGGUGUGUGUGUGUGUGUGUGCGCUGUGACCAUCUCUCGUGUCCUCUGAUCAGUGUCAGCAUGCAGCCACACCUUCAUAUGCAAACACAAACAUGACUCCUUUUCUCAGUGAAAUGUAUUCUUUAUUUUGUUUUGUAUUAAAGCUAUGCACAUGUAAACAUGC